AUGUUUGACCUACUUAUGUUUUUCAUGAGCGGCGGAUGCACGUUCCCUGCAGACUGGACGGGCAGCUGGUUCCAGUCCGGGAACCCGGGUCUUAUCGCCAUCAACUCCACUCAUAUACAGUCCAAGGGCGAGUGCUACGAGACUGAGUCCUAUGACAAAUUUCUACUGUAUGACAGACGCGAGGAGUGUUACAGAUGCAUGGUUAUUUUGGAGAAGCACAAGUACGUUCUACAGUAUAAAGAAACGUUUUGUUCAGAGAAGGACUCGAUGUCGUCAAUAUGCGAGUCAAUUAGCGGCGACGCCCCGCUGUAUUCCAUGUUCCGUAAGGAGCCCAGACCGGUGCCACAGCCCUGUCCGUUCCACCCUGCGCCCUUCACCUUCACAUACAGCCGGGGCUCCGGCGACUGUGCGAACCCGCCUUCUCGUGCGGAAUCUUGCACAGACGAUUCACGGUUGCUGUUGCGGUACAUGGCCUGUCCGGACGUGCCCGGAACCGAGAGUAAUGUUGAGGAGCUUGUGUGCUUAGCGACAUGGAAGGAAGGCUCGACGAGGUAUCUGGUGGGCCAGAUUUCACAGGUCACAAGGAGAAACUCCAUUGCUUCCGAUGAAGAUACAUACAGAUGUUUCAUCUACAAGGGCCAGCACAGCGAUAAAAGUAUGACAUACAACAUCGCUCAGUCGGGGGACGCCACUUGCAACGGACUCUCAUCGCCCACGGACGGCAGCCGAAUUAUGAAACUCACUAACAGUGACGACGAACACAACCGCUGCCACUUCCCAAGCUGGAUCGUGGAGCACCACAAGUGGUUCAGCCUUGACCACACGCACCAGUACCACUUCACCACUAAGAACGCCACGCUCAAGAUAAUCAACGAGAACGGUUCAUUCGAGGAGAAGCGGCUAGUGUGCCACUCGAUACUGGAGCAGAAGGAUAAGAAGUACAUAAAACUUGUCGCACACGUGACCAGGGGAUGCGAGUCGGGGCACGUGUGCCUGCGGUUCGCGCGGCGCGAGGGCGACGUGCUGGAGCUGCAACAGGGUGCCGGCCUGUGGGACGCGCCGCAGGACGCCUGCGCCUCCGACGCGCCGCAGCCAUACGUCACGCUCAUCACUACUUCACUGACACCGAUGCGGUGUCCCAUCAUCGGUCGUUACUCGGUCGUCAGUUCGCUGGCGGACAGCAGGAGGAGAAGGCAACAGGACACCAUAGGAGAUAUGGAAACGGGCGUCGGUCCGUCAGAGUGCGUGUCGGGGCAGUUCGACAGCGCGAGCGUGGGCUGCGGCGCCGCGCAGGACACCAUCGAGUUCAAGUCGCCCUGCACCACCGCCGCGUACACAUGUCAUGGUGGGUGGGUGGAGGGCCCGGUGGGAUUCGUGAUCGCGUCUCCCGUAUCGCGUGCCUCUUCGCAUCCGCGCACUUUCUGUUUCAUGUACACACUGCAUCCGCGAAACGAGAGUGGCGGUGGCAUUCUGGCGCUGAGCGCGGUGGCGCACUCGUGCGACCGGCGCCUCACGCCCGGCCGCGCCGGCGACAAGGCAUACAACCUCACCGCUAACGGUACAUGCGAGCAGAGCAGUAAGUACAACAGCGUGGCGCAGAGACUUACACCCGCCGGCGCGCUGCUGCUGGUACUAGUGGCCGCGCUGCUUGCCACCCUCCACCUGCCCCUACCCCUCGUCCUCACGCUGACCCCCUCCCCCUCCCUCUCCCCCGCGCUCGCCAGCAGAUGA